GGAUCAGUCUAUUCAAGCUGACUGUUCAAGCAUGAUGUGUAGGAGAGGAGAGGGAAUCCCUCAGUUAUUGAAUAUUCGUGCAUUAUAAACACUGCGGAACGAUAACACGUUUUGGCUUGAAACUUUUGUUCAUAGAAAUAUUGGAACUGAGAUAUUAACUGAUAUUCUGUUCCCGUUGUUUGGCGUGUUGCAUUUUUGCCAAACUUCAGGCUAUAAACCGUGAAUUGUGAACAUUGCAAUUCUGUGCAUAUUUAUAAUAUUUUAGGAUUCUAAGUUAUAAGUAGAUAAGGAACUGAAACUGUUGAUACACUACAGAACACCGGGGGCUUGAUACUCCACCGCCAUUCUAUUGGCUGUCUUUUCUAUCUUUGCGGAUAUCUCAUAAAAAUUCAGGAUUCUCAACUCACUUCGCCCGGAGCUGGUGUCUAUGCCACUCGACCCAAGGCAAGGGUUCUCACCCGAUCUCUAUCACCACCCUGGUAGGGUAGACCUCUACCCCGGCGGCCCCAUACCCGGUGGCCCCAUACCCGGCGAAAUGGGGGUCAGGGAGGUGAAUAACGUCAUGAUGGAUGGACAGCCCGGUCCACCACCUCCAGGACCACCUAUGAUGAACAAAAUGAACGUUGGUCCUGGCCCCGGCGUUGACCCAUAUUAUUCACCCCAAUUCCCUCCGUUUUACAGACGACACACUCCAUACAUGGGUCAGCCGGAUUACCGAAUGUACGAACUCAACAAACGAUUACAACAGAGAACAGAGGCAUUCAGCAGCCAAGCAGAAGAUAAGGAAAGUGAUAACCUAUGGUGGGAUGCCUUUGCCACAGAAUUUUUCGAAGACGACGCAGCGCUUACGUUAUCAUUUUGUUUAGAAGAUGGACCAAAACGAUACACAAUUGGCAGGACGUUAAUACCUCGGUACUUUAGGAGUAUAUUUGAAGGGGGUGUAACAGAUCUCUAUUUUAUAUUGAAACAUCCCAAAGAAUCAUUCCAUAAUACCACAAUAACGCUUGACUGCGACCAGGCCAUGAUGGUUACACAUCACGGGAAACCAAUGUUUACAAAAGUGGUCACAGAAGGUAGAUUAAUAUUAGAAUUCACAUUUGAUGAUCUGAUGAGAAUACGAUCUUGGCAUUUCGCCACGCGGCAACAUCGAGAGUUAAUACCUAGGAGUGUCAUAGCAAUGCAGCAGGAUCCAGCGAUGGUGGAACAAUUAUCAAAAAAUAUAACACGGCAGGGACUCACAAAUUAUACGCUGAAUUUCCUCAGACUGUGCGUUAUUCUUGAACCAAUGCAAGAAUUAAUGUCUCGUCACAAAGCCUAUGGCCUUAACCCCCGCGACUGUCUCAAGACAACGCUCUUUCAGAAAUGGCAACGUAUGGUUGCACCACCAGGUAACGGUCAGCGGGCUAAUGUGCGGCUACGAGAGAGUCAACGUCAGCCAAGUAAAAGACGAAAGCGGAAGUCGUCAGCGAGCACAAACGCAUCAGCAAACAGCAUUGGGCGGGAAGGGACGGGAAAACAGAAGAGAUCACCAGGGCCACAGUCGGGCACAUUUAACCCGGUGCCGGGGGAUGUAAUGGUAGUCGGUGAGCCGACUUUAAUGGGAGGUGAAUUCGGGGAUGAGGAUGAGCGAUUGAUCACACGGCUGGAAAACACGCAGUAUGAGCCGAACGGGGCUGAGGAAGGACAGGAUUACACUAACUCACCUGCCGUGCAGAACAGUCCUUGGGGGCAGGAGAAAAAGCCACCGCCGGUCAACAACCAAGCAGAGGAGAAGUCGGAACAGUAAAACUAUACCAACUUUGGAACAAGUCAGUUGUAGAUAAAGAUCAUUGGGGGAGCCCAAAAGACAUUUAGUGUGUACCAUUUGAAUGUAUGUGUUGGUGGUUGAAAUUGAUUCCCAAGGUUAUGGGCUGUGGACCUUCUGAGUGUGAUCAGGGCAGAACAUUAACGCAGUGUCUGUCUUUGAUGGUGGUGUUAGUUAAUCGCCACUUGUGGGCUAAUAUUGGGGUGAUUUACUGAAUAAUUCUGGUACCAUUUUGUGAAAUUCCUGCAAUUUUGAAAUAAGGCACUUGAGAGAUGAUUGCCUUCGAGGGGGUGGGGUUAUAGAUUGACAGAGGUGUGGUGAGUUCGAGGCUGAAUCAAGCUACAAUUAUUGCUUUGUAUUGUUUUAUUUAUUGAGUUUUGAGGAUGAAUUGGAGUUGAUAAUUUAUCAUUUAAUCAUAUAAGUGCCCUGCAGAUUAGAGAUUUUUAUUGUAGCAAUAUUUGCCUGGAUGAGGAGGACAAUAAAACAAUCGUGAACCUUCCAGUACUUACAGCUAAAAAUAUCUUGAUUCAUGUGCAUGUAAAUGAUUUUGUAUGUUUUGUUUUAAUAUCGAUUGGCGCCCUUAUUGUCUGGGGUGGGUUCAUCCUAUGGGUUCUCACCAUUUGGCCAAAUAGCUUUUUGACAUUGAUGAUCAGUUCUAUGAAGAUGUAUAAUCUUCUGUCUAAAUUGUCUGACAUUGGCCAGAAUAAGAAAUCGUUCAAUAAGGAAUGCAGUUAAUGAGGAGAGAUGUGCAGUGCGUCAUAGAGUCUCAUUUGAUUUUGGGGUCAGUCUGUGUACAAUGCUCAGUUGAGAAGCUGAAAAUUUAAGAUUUUCUGUUGAUGGAUCCGAGUUUAGAUUGGGACAAAUAAUUUCAAGAUUUUAAACUUGGAUGAGCCAUGCUUGAAUUCUUGUUUGUCUUGUUGGGACAGUGUCCCUUAAAACUAAUGAAGAGGGUAAGUCAAAGUAAGAACUCUGUGCAUGUAUAUAACUAUAUUAUAAAUAACUAUCAUAAUAAUGUAUUGUAGACUGUGUAAGUUAAGAUUUUGUGCUAUGUAGAUUUCACUGCAUUUUUCCAGAAAAAAAUGAACAUAAUUUUAUAUGAAAGUGUUUGAAUAUACCUGUACACGUUUCUACAGCUUAAUAUGAUAUAAUUUUAUUUGUUUCUUUGUGAAUGUUAGUAAUUAUGUAAAGGAUUCUUGAAGAGUUGUGUCUCGGUUUCAUUCAUCACACACCACCACAUGUUCUGCCUGGUCAGCUAGACAAUUUGGAAGGGAACUUAGGCAAUGAGGUAUCGAAAUUAAACCACCCAAGCUACAUUCUAAUAUUCCUGUACCAUUUUCAAUAUGGUGUGUGGUGAAUAAAUCCUAGCUUUUGUCAAUCAGAUGUAUUAAGGUAAUAUUUUGUUGAGGAGCUUGUCGUAGUUGUCACACUUGCAGUUUUGUGACAGACAUUUCUACAUAUUAAUAAAUGGUUAAAUAUUGUAA